AUGCUUAAGGGGAGCAAUGGAGACAUUUUAAGGGUUGUUCGUGCAACAGCAGCAAAGAAGACUUUUGUUCCUGCGGGUGAAGAAAGAAGUGCUGUACGUAAUGUUGUCAAUAUGUCUUCUCAAGCACCCGUUUCAUUACCACCACUCUUAACGUCCUCACUAUUGUGGGCAUCUGCACUUUCCCAGAGAAAUGAAUCUCCUGUUGUUACUACUAGUGCUAGUGCUAGUGCUAGUACUACUAAUGUUGAUGGUCUUUUCUAUGAGAGAAUAAACUCGGAAGCCAAACAAUUGGGUUUUGAUGCAAUAGAGCGAGCUGAAGUGCGGCGACGCGCUAAACUUUUUCUUCUUGAGAAAGAUAAAUAUUCCCUUUCUGAGGCAUCUCCUAGUAAAACUGGGAAUACUAGGAAUAAAAAGCAAACACUUGUGGAUAGUCUGAAGGAAGAGAUAGAAGGUUGUCAGAUGUGGUCUGCUGCUGCCGCUGCUCAGAUACCAACACAUUUUUUUAUUGGUAUUGAUAUUAAACGAACAAGUGAGAAGGAAAUGUCUACUUGUAAUAGUGAUAUCGUUAAUAAUAAUAAUAAUGAUAAUAAUAAUAACGAUGGUGUUCAUGAGGAAUGUAUACAGCGGUUAUUUGAAGCCAUAGCAGUAGUAUCAGUGAUGUUGUAUUAUCUCCGUCCACUGCGUAAUGCUAUUAGUACUGCUGUUUCUGCCAUUAUACUAUCAUCAUCAUUAUUAUCAUCAUCGGAAUAUCUUUUAGGAGAAUUACUAUCAUUCUUUGAAGAACUUCUCCGUAAAGGAGGUGCUGCUCCCUAUAUAAUAGCAGAGGUAUUAGUUCACGAUGUGUCUAGUCGUAUUCCUUUAGAGUCUGUAGUUCAGCCAUGCUUUACAUUUAUACAUCAACGGCGAGAUGAAAUCAUAAGAAGUGUUAAUCGUAUUCAAAUAGCUUUAGAAGAUGUAAAGGCAACCACUGUAUUAGGUGUAGAAGUACACGGUGAGAAACUUCACACACUGAAUGAAGAACAGUUGAGAAAAAUUCGCGUUCUUCUUCAGCGAGAAUUGCGUCAACAUCUAAAGAAGAACAGAGAUGCCACUACACACAGCCUUCAACAAUCGCAAUAUUUUCUUUUGGCGUGUAAUCAAUAUAAAGAAAUGGUAGGGAAAAACACCCAACACAUUCAUCCUCGUAGACUAUACAAAGAAAGAUUUCUUUAUUCAGAUCUCUCUUGUGGUUAUGGUGUAUCAUCACAGAGAAUCCAAAUGGAAAAGAAAGUGGAAGGGAAUACUAUCAUAGAGUCUGGAAAACCUAAAAAGGUUAAUGAAAGUGUAAUAACAAUGAAUAGUUCUCAUCAUAAUAUUAUUUCUUCUUCCCGUUGGGAACGUACCGUUCUUGAAGUUUGGCGGGCACAUCGUGAAGUUGUCUUUACCGUCUUGCUGCGUCGUCCUUUCUCUUUAAAAAGAAUAAUAAAAAAAAAGAAGAAAGAAGAAAAAUGUAAAGGACAAUAUUCACAUGAAUGGGGAAAGUUUAUGAGUAGUAAUCAACUUACAGAUACUGUUGAACCAGAAGAACUAUGGUGUCAUCUCUCUGCUAUAGUUGAAGUACAUAAUCAUGAUAGUGUUGUUCCCUUGAUAGAUACACUGUUGGAUUGGGUUAAAAAUGAAAAGAAUAUAAAAAAUAAACAAAUAUACACUAUACAUGCAGUGGAACUCGUUAUUUUUCUUUUUGCUGCCAAAGUUCAUAGUAAUAAUGAUUAUGGUGGGAAAUCAGAUGAUGUACGGUUACCAUUAGAGAAAUUACUACAACGGAUAGAGGAAAAACAUCUCUCUACUACUAUUAAUAGUAAUAGUGAUAGUAAUAGUAAUAGUAAUAGUAUACCGUUAUUGAAUGUAGCAUUUCAGGCGUUAACCGAACCGCUUUCUACUUUUCUCGUAGAUGCAACUUUCACAGCCCUUUUCUCAAAAGAAAAGGAAAUAAAUUCUUCUUCUUCUUCUUCUGUUUGGACUCAUGAUUCGAGUUUUCCUCCUCUACGUUGGGUUUGGGGAAAUAAUCGUCUAUCACUGAUGUGUAUGGCUGCACUGUUGUGGAAUCUUCAUUCAUCCAAAGCGUUAAAUCACGCCAUAUUAACUCUACGUGAUAAUAAAUUUUUUUCUCACUCUAUAAACACGGAUUCUACAAUAUUGUCCACCUCAACUUCAACCUCUUUCUCGUUAUUACAAUGGCAUGCGCAUGUUCUGGUACUGUUAACAACAAUGAUAAAGUAUGGUAAUCAUGGAUCUGCUCUUACGGCUACAAUAGUGGAGUCUUCUUCUUCCCCAUUGAAGUUGAGAUUUCUUUUAACAGUUGUUGAAUGGUUAAACACUAGUCUUCUCGCUAUUUUAAAUACUAUACAUGUGCGAACAAAGAAACCACUUCCUCGUUUUAUUAGUGAGGCAUUAUGGGAUGUACAAAUACCAUUAACGAUAUGGGCAUUACAUCAUAUAACAUCUAUGCGUAAUGAAUGUGGAUUAGUAGAUGUAUGUAAACUUGUAGAAAAUUGUCAAUUGAUAAUUAAUGAUCUAACCUUGCGAUGGGAUUAUAGUAUUGUACCAAAAAGACGAUAUCAUAAAAAGGAAACCAUGCCUUCUAUUAUUUCUACUACGAUGAUUGGUCUUAAAGAAGAAUAUGAAGCUGAUGCUAUUAUUGCAGAUCGUGUCGUAAAGUUUGCUUCUCUUCUUGAAGGAGAGUUAUUAUCCGCUUUAGAUGUUUUACCACAUCUCUUUUCUAAUAGUCGUAGCUUUUCAUGUAUGUGUAAUGCUGUUGGUAUAGUAUUAUAUGAUGUGGAUAUUCGAACGGGUCAUCAAAUAAUGAAAUAUCUUUUACAUCUUUUACCAAAUGAAAAGGAAAUGGAUGUGGAAGCACAUGUGGGUAUUAUUCGUUGUUUAUCCUCUAUGCGGCAUGGUUGUACACUUUGGCAGGAGGCACUUUAUCACUUUACUCGUGCAGUCACUCUAAUCAAUAAUAUUAAUAAAGAGGAUGAAGUAUCAUUACAGAGGAAUCAACGUUUUUCACAUAUACCGAGUGAUCUUUCAACCGCACGAGUUUUACGUUGUGUGGGGAGUAGUCCACUUUCAUACUCUAUGCGUUGUUUACUUACUUUUAAAGUUGUGGCUUUUGCACGUGCGGCUGGAGUUCCUCUUAACACACAAUCGUUUUCUGCUUGUUUACAUAAUUUCACUAUGCGAAAGGAGGAGACAUUAUUAGUGGGAUCAUGGUUUAAUAAUAAUAAUAAUAAAAGUAAUAAUAAAAACAAUCACUGGUGUGAUGCUCUGCAGUGGUAUGAUGAUAUGAAUACAUCUACAUUAUUAUCAUCUCGGGAUUUAUCCUUUUUUCUUUCUACAUGUCUGCAGAGUAUGCUUGCACAGGGAGAAUGGUCUGAUGCCCUUCUUUCACGUCCACUAGUUGAAUGGAUUCGUCUUUAUGCGGGAUCUAUGAAAUUAGAUCCAUAUGAUUAUAUCACUAAAGUGUUUAUUUUAUUAACAUUAUGUGCAUCUGAUAGAACGAGAAGUUGUGCAAAUGCUGCCAAAGCGUUAUUUCAAUCUAUUCAAGAUUCUUCUCUUCAUAUGAAAUCAUCUACAGUAAAUUAUAAAGUAUUAGAAGAACUCUAUCAUACAGCUAUUUCUGAUAUUUCACCUUCACUCUACAAUGAAUUAAAUACAACAAUAUCUCGUACACCAUUAUUCCGAAAAGAGGCUCCAGUGAUACCUAAACCUGUAAUUAAACGAGAAGAAACGCUUUCAUCACUACAAUUAAGAAGAUAUGGAGUUUUAUACACACAUACACAUUACAAUCAUCAUGAGGCUCUAGUAGUAAAAUUAAGGCAAUCCCUAUCUUCACGAUUAGAUGGAACACCAAAAGAAACUACGAAUACUUCCUCUUCCUCCUCAUCCUCUGAGGAAGAAGAAGGACAACAACAACAACAACAGAAAAGAGGAAAAGGUUCACUUGUGCAAAUUCGUGAACGUGUAUCUCGUGUAUUUCCUUUAAUGCAGGUUGUAUGGUCAGAAGAAAUACUUCACUCUGAAAAAGUAGAGGAAAAUGAUGAAAAUUCCAUAACUGGAGAUGCAGCACGUUCAUUGAUGGAUACACGUUAUGCUAGUGUUUUAAUCCCACUACGAAAACUUGAGAAACUCCGGGCAGAAAAGCGAAAUGGUAUUCGACGACGUCAUUUAGUAUUGAAAUCUGAGAAAGGGAAAGGGAAAGUUGAGAAAUGA